AAACGCAAAUAUACAUCACUUUCAACCACAAAGAUGAUGGCGCGGCUAGCAAUUGUCCCGUUCACCUACAGUCUAUCUUUGAUAUACUUUCCCGUGUCCCCUACCGGUCACAUGGAGUAGACAGCUCCCCGAAGGAUAUCUCGAGCGAGUUAGAAGGGAGCUUAUUUGAAAUCUGCAGAACCAUUCACAAUUACUCGUUCGACAUUUUUGCGUAUCGCGUUAACAAGCGCAAGCACAAGCUUUCCGACAUUCGGAGGUACAUUGAACAGGAUGAGCAUCAAUUCAAUUCGCGCCAGCGUUCCAAGUUGUUGGGGUUCUUAUCGCAUUAAUUUUAUAUGCGGGCUUGUAAAGACGUAUUCGUUCUGGAAGAAGAAUGGCCUUCUUCCCAAAGAAGGGCUUGCUGACAAUGCGGUUACAUUGCUUGACCACGUGGAUGCAUGGCUGGCUGACACCCACGGCAUAGGUUUCCGGCUUCGACGUUGGGCGGUGAAGAUCAUGUCGUUUGUGAUCUCGGCCAACAGGCUCUUUACCUUGACCCAGUCGCGCCGCCUCCGCAAAUUUCUAGAUGGGACCUUCGUAAUUAAACUCCUUCCAUGCCCAGCCACGACUCCGUAUCGUUGCAAUCUUUCUUCAGAGAACAUACGAGUGGCUCUGGAUGCCGCGCUGCACCAAACCAAAUACUCUACUGCGGAGUGGGAUGAGGAGCGCGAAUCGUUCACUGUGUUGCUUCGGGAUAAACUGGAGGAUUCGGAGGCGUGCCGGAAACCCACGGUCCACGCUGAGCUAGUCAUGAUUACAGCAUUGUUCAAGGGCGAACUCCAGGAAGUUUUACCCUACAUCGGGGUCUCUAAACUUUCCUGCAUGAUGUGCAUCCAUUAUAUCCAGGCCCUCAAUGAGGUUACGGGAAAACGGAUCGCUGUCAAAGGUUCUCAUCGAAAGGCUUACCCUGGGUGGUCCUGGCCCAGUCUUCCUUCCCACGACAGGGAAGUUCGUAGAGCCCUUUUACACCUUAACAGACAGCAGCUCUGGAGCGAUUUCAACUUGCAUGUAGAAUCCCGUAGAGGUUCCAAUAGCAGCAUGGGAUAUGGCGUUCCGGGAUUUGAAACAGUUGCAACGGAGGAUGAUAUUAGAGCAAUAUUCUCUCUUGAACUCGGUCGUCCUGUCGAUGCCCUUCGUCUGUAUGUGUAAAGUUGUGCUCAGCGAAAUUGCAAAUGAUUCCCGCUACUCUGUAGCGGGUCUUGCGUGCACAAACUGAAUACCUGAGCACCAUUAUUGGUUAUUCCCCUUUUUACCUCAUCUUUCUGACACUCCAGAUUACCUCA